UGUGUGCGUAAGCGCGAAGGCGAUGACGGAAUUCUUUCGCGACGGUGGCUGGCGCUUGCGCAAUGCGUCGGAACUGGGCCUCCUGCGCUUGCGCAGUUUAUUGGGACGGGCGGUUGCUUGUUGGUUGUUGUAGUAACGGGGGAAGCAGCCGUCGGUGGCGGUGGUGAGCCCGGAAAGGGGGAAGGAGGAGGGAAGAAGCGCCCGGAGCGGUCCCUGCCUGCCUGACCCGAACCAUGGGAAGAUGAGACAGGAAACUGUGCCACCCAGAUUAUUUGAUCCAGUGAGCCUGCAAAGAAAGGUCUCUAAGGCCCCCGUCUGCUGACUGCAUGAAAAACCCUAAAGGAAAUGCCAGUCGUGAUGGCCCGGGACCUGGAGGAAACAGCAUCAUCCUCAGAAGACGAGGAAGUGGCAAGCCAAGAGGAUCAUCCAUGCAUUAUGUGGACUGGAGGCUGCAGGAGAAUUCCUGUCUUAGUGUUCCAUGCAGAGGCCAUUCUGACAAAGGACAAUAACAUUCGAGUAAUUGGAGAACGAUAUCAUUUGUCCUAUAAGAUUGUGCGGACGGAUAGUCGUCUGGUGCGUAGCAUUCUGACAGCUCAUGGAUUUCAUGAAGUUCAUCCAAGCAGCACUGAUUAUAACCUCAUGUGGACAGGAUCCCAUCUAAAGCCUUUCUUACUUCGUACUCUUUCUGAAAUGCAAAAGGUCAAUCACUUUCCCAGGUCUUAUGAACUAACCCGGAAGGACCGACUGUACAAAAACAUUAUUCGAAUGCAACAUACUCAUGGAUUCAAGGCAUUCCACAUCCUCCCUCAGACCUUCCUCCUGCCAGCUGAGUAUGCAGAAUUCUGUAAUUCCUAUUCAAAGGACCGGGGACCUUGGAUAGUAAAACCUGUGGCCUCUUCCAGGGGACGUGGUGUUUACUUGAUCAACAGUCCAAACCAAAUUUCCCUGGAAGAGAACAUCCUGGUCUCUCGUUAUAUCAACAAUCCCCUGCUCAUAGAUGAUUUCAAAUUUGAUGUACGCCUCUAUGUGCUUGUGACGUCUUACGAUCCUCUUGUCAUUUAUCUCUAUGAAGAGGGGUUGGCUAGGUUUGCAACAGUGAGAUAUGAUCAAGGAGCUAAGAACAUAAGAAACCAAUUCAUGCACCUGACAAACUAUAGCGUGAACAAGAAGAGCGGGGACUAUGUCAGUUGUGAUGAUCCUGAAGUAGAAGAUUAUGGGAACAAAUGGAGCAUGAGCGCGAUGCUUAGAUACCUGAAACAAGAAGGGAAAGACACAACUGCACUGAUGGCCCAUGUGGAGGAUCUGAUCAUAAAGACAAUCAUCUCUGCUGAACUAGCUAUUGCUACUGCUUGUAAAACCUUUGUUCCUCACCGUAGCAGUUGUUUUGAGCUUUAUGGUUUUGAUGUUCUCAUUGAUUCAACUCUGAAACCAUGGUUGCUGGAAGUGAAUCUCUCUCCUUCUUUGGCCUGUGAUGCACCUCUGGACCUAAAGAUUAAAGCCAGUAUGAUUUCAGAUAUGUUUACUGUUGUAGGAUUUGUGUGCCAAGACUCUUCUCAACGGUCAUCAACCAGGCCAGUUUAUCCUACAUUUGAGCCUUCCAGGCGAAAUCCCUUCCAGAAAGCUCAGCGUCCAGAAUCUGCUCCAACUCAAUCAUCAACCUCCAAACAGCGUUCUCGUCCCUUGUCUGCUAGUGAUGCUGAAAUGAAAAACCUCGUGGGUUCGGGCAGGGAGAAGGUGCCAGGGAAAUUAGGUGGUUCUGUGCUCGGCCUAUCCAUGGAGGAGAUCAAAGUUUUACGGCGGGUAAAAGAAGAAAAUGAUCGUAGAGGGGGAUUUAUUCGAAUAUUUCCUACAUCGGAAACAUGGGAUGUUUAUGGGUCCUACCUAGAGCACAAGACCUCAAUGAACUAUAUGCUGGCUACACGUCUUUUCCAGGACAGGGGAAACUCGAGAAGAACCCUCUUGGUAGGGAGGCCACGAGUGGCUGUUGAUGCAGGGCCAGAAAUGAAGGUUGAGAAUAUGAAUUCGAAGGCCAAGAUACAUGCAGCUCUUUAUGAAAGGAAGCUCCUUUCCCUGGAGGUACGAAAACGCAGAAGACGGAAUGGCAGAUUGAGGUCACUAAGGCCAAAAUAUCCAGUGAUGCCACAGCCAGCUGAAAUCUCUAUCAAAACUGAGACAGAGAGUGAAGAGGAAGAGGACGACCCAAUAGAUCAUGAAGAUGAAGAACAGGAAGCAUCCCAAGAGGAUUCUGCAGGGUCUCUUGCUGAAAACCAAACCAAAUAUACACCUUCACUGACUGCCUUGGUAGAAACAACCCCCAAAGAAAAUCCUUUGAAAGUUCCUGAAUGGAAUGGUGAAACUACUACUUGCUCCAAGGCUGAAAUUCAGCAGACAGAACCCACAUUUAACCUGAUGCAGAUUCUACAAGAAAAUGGAAAUCUCAGGUAUCACUAUCGUAUUUGUGUCAUAAAGAAAAUUUGCAAAGUCCAGGCUCGAGUAGCCUUCUCUGCCUACCUCCAACAUGUUCAAACUAGACUGAUGAAAGAUAGUGGAGGUCAAUCCUUUAGUGCCAGUUGGGCUGCCAAAGAGGAUGAACAGAUGGAGCUAGUAGUUCGUUUCCUCAAGCGUGCAUCAAGCAAUCUGCAGCAUUCCCUACGAAUGGUGUUACCCAGUCGGCGGUUGGCCCUUCUGGAAAGAAGAAGAAUCCUAGCACAUCAAUUGGGUGACUUCAUCAUUGUCUACAAUAAGGAAACAGAACAAAUGGCAGAAAAGAAAUCAAAGAAGAAACUUGAAGAAGAAGAAGAAGAUGGAGUGAAUCCCGAAAACUUUCAGGACUUCAUCAGCCAUGCAAGUGAGGCUGAACUGGAGGAGGUAUUGACUUUUUAUACCCAAAAAAAUAAGUCAGCAAGUGUCUUUCUGGGAACUAAUUCCAAAGCCCCUAAGAACAGCAACAGUUAUUCUGAUAGUGGAGCAAAAGGUGACCAUCCUGAGACAGUGGAAGAAGUGAGAAUCAAGCAGCCUAAACAUCAACAGGGAGCAGAACUACAUUCUGAAAAAUUAACACGAUUUACCACAUCAACAGAAAAAGAGAGUAAAUUCCCCUAUAGCACUUCCCUUUGUCCAUCCUCUGGUCCUAGUGCUAUUCUUCAGAAAAUUCCCAACUCCCAUUUGACAUCUCUGAUUCCAUCCUCUGACCUCACACCAGUACCCAGUCAUCACUCUGCUUUUUCCCAAGUUCCUCCAGUUAUCUCCAAUGUGACUCAUCAGCCAACUGCUUUACAGACUGCAACCCCUGAUAACUCUUCUCCCUCCCCACAUUCGGUGUCACAUCGUGUACCUAGUCCAGCUGUACUGCCGCGCUGUCGGUCUGGCAGUUACACCAUUGGCCCUUUCUCCUCCUUUCAAAGUGCUGCUCAGAUAUACAGCCAGAAACUGUCCCGGCCCUCCUCAGCUAAAGCAGGUGAGUCAGGUACAUGUCAUCCAAAUAGACACCAUGCAGGCUUAGCCAAAACAUCCAAGGAUGGAGAUGAUGGUACUACUACCUUUGGCAAACGAUACAAUCAGAACAUGGUCACAGCUGAGCUUCAGCGGCUGGCUGAGAAACAGGCAGCACGGCAAUAUUCUCCAUCUAGUCACAUCAGCCUUCUCACUCAGCAGGUAACAAAUCUGAAUUUGGCAAGUGGAGUCACAAAUCGGACAGGUGCUACAUCUCCUCCUACCCUUCGUCCAGUACACAGUCCUGGAGGUCCAACAUGGUCAGCGCAUUCAGACCCUCAAGUCCCUGAAAACAGAACUAGCCCACCAGUUAACAGGAAUAUGCAGACAGGCGGCUUUGCCUGGGAAGGGGAAGUAGAAAACUCAGCAUACAGCAAGGCUACAGGAGUGAUGCCACAGCACAAGUAUCAUCCCACCGCUGGCAGCUAUCAACUCCAUUUUGCACUGCAACAGCUUGAACAACAAAAACUUCAGUCUCGGCAGCUGCUUGACCAGAGCCGAGCCAGGCACCAGGCAAUCUUUGGCAAUCUCAUAUUACCCAGUUCCAAUCUGUGGUCUAUACAUAAUUCAGGCUGCAGAAUCUCAAGUGCCACUGCCAGUGGCCAGAAGACUACCAAUAUACCACAGAAAAUGGUGCCAAAUCCAACUUCUUCCUCAUCCCUGGUCCCUAAACCCCCAUCCAAUCACAAGCAGGUGCUUAGGAAGAUGACAUCACAAAGAGUUUCCAAGCUUCUCCAGGAUUGAGACUCCCUGCUAAUGUGAACAUAAGGGGUGCUCAAUGAAUAGUAUUGAAGGACUCCUUUUGCUACACCACCACAAUUGAAAUCAAAUGAGAACAAUCUUGACAUCUCAAUUUCCAGGAACAAAGGGUUAAUACUUCAAAUUUUUCUAGAGUCUGAUCUUUAGACCUUUUUUUUAAUUUUGCAUCAAAGCCUCCAUCUUUUUUCAGGUUUUUUAAUGGGCAGAUAUGAACUUAGAUCUCAGUUCAAUGAAUUCAUUUUAUUGAUCUUCAUUUCAACAGGUUUUGUGAAAUAUUCUGUACCUUUUAUAGGAUGCACUUAAUACAUUAAAAAGAGAUAUUUUCAAUCUCAAAGGCUGAAUCCCCAAUUCUAUUCCCAACCUUUCUGUUGAUAGUUAAAUACAAAUAUGGAUACUGUUUCUAUUCUCCUAGCCUUCACUUUUAACAAUCUUUUUCAGGGUGUCUUAAUGGGGAAACCUUCCCUAGCAACAUAUUUGCCUUGUGAGAUUUUCUGUUUCCCUUGUGUUUUGUUAACUUAGUCUCAUGUUUACUGGUACUUAGUAUGACCACCUUUAGUUGCCAAAACUUGUAGGUCCUGGAGGAAAAAAAUCUUUGUUUCUUCUCAUUUAUAUUUGAUUCACAUUCAGCAGCUGAGUCAAAAACUGUCCUUUGUGGCAUUGAAUUAUAUCAGUAAAUCAUGACACAACACAAGAAAAGUCAAAAUCCUGGCUUUUCAUAGAAUAGCUUUCUUGGGCACAAAUGCUUACUGACUGAACUCUAUGAAGAGAACAUUGAAAUGUGAGUCAAGAGUCCCGGGUUCUAGCUCCAAUUCUGCUGUUAAAUGACCAUGUGACAUUGGGCAAGUCACUUAACACCUCUGGGCCUCAGUUUUCCUUGCUAUCAAAUGAGGUUAGACUCGAAGGCUUCUUCCAGAUCUCAAAUUCUAGUUCUCUAUGAGUUCCAAGGCAGAAUUAAUAAAGACACUGAAAUUCAUGGAUGAAGGUCACUGGUAAACCUGUGAAGGAACUCCAAAUUUCUUUGCCAAAUCCCUUUAAGUGUUCAUACCAGUUUAUCUUCAAGAGAAUUUGAAAUACAGGCAUUUAGCUGGUAGGGUGUGUAACGUCCAGGUUUGACAGGUUAGUCUCUGUUGGUAGAAUCCUAGUCUAGUGUAAGGUAGCCCCUCCUACCAUAAGUGAUAGACUAGUUGUUUUAGUGAUUAGGUGGGUUCCCUUACCACACAGCAGGGCUACAUAUUUGAAGGUGCUGGUGUACUAUACUCAUUUCUUGGCACUAGGAAUGUUUAUCCUCCUGAGAUGGAAUUGCAGCUCUUUGGACAAACUUUGCUUUGCUACAUUUUUGUGGUUUCUUCUCUCUGACAAGCAGGAGUGUGGGAAAACCGGAUACAGCUCAGCACCAAAAAUGCACAGAAGGGGGAAAAAGCAAAAGAUUUCUUCAGAAUUUAAGAAAUAUAAUCCAAGUAGCAAAAGGCAUGCUGUGAGGAGUCAUUCCAGGAAAUAGUUUCCGAUUUGCCUUUAAAACUCCAAUACAAGGCUCCAAAACCAAUUCAGUGCUAAUAGAGAACUUAAAUAAAUCUUUAUUACUUAUAUAGAACAUAGAGUGCCUAAGGGCCACAAUUUUCAAAUCCAGUGUUUUUCUCAUCUUGCUGUCAGCUUCAUCUUAACUGAUUUUUAUUGAUGGACACACAAACACUGCUUAUUGUAGCAGCCCCUCUCUAGGAAACUUAACAUUCUGUGAUCCAGAUCAUGUUAUUUCCAAAGGAAUCUUCAAUAGAACAUUAAAUCAGGAGCCUGGGUAAUACUCAAUGUUCAGAACAAGAUACCACAGCAGGAAAUUUCUUUCUGCCUGAACAAUCUACUGUUCCAUUUUUUGCAGUUGAUUAUUACCCCUUGUAUAGCUCAGCAAAGAUUAAUCAGUUUUCAUCAGUUAUGACUAGUUAAGAAUUUGGACACAACUCUGUGGACUCCAAUUUCCCAAUAGGUACAGAAAAAAAAAAAAUCAAGAUUUCUUCCGAAUUUAAGAAAAAUCAUCUAACAGAACUGCAUGAAAAGUACUUUUCUCAUUGAAUAAUUUAAUUGUGUCCAAAGAAUUUGUUGCCUACUCUAGUGAAGCCUUAUUUUAAAUGAGCACAUUCUAUUAGAUGCUCUGAACAAAAUUUUGUUAAUCCCUUCUGCUCUACUUUUAUUCUACCACCUCUCUCCUUAUACUACCCUUCUUCCUAACUCCCUGGCAUGGCAUCACAGUCCCUCACUUAUAUUUCCUCAGGCUUAAUCCAAUUUUGUCAAUUCCACAGUUGGGUUUAUUAAGAAAUUCUCUCUUCUCAUUAUGGUAGUACCUUUUACAUUUUCUAGCUUUUCUUCUUUGAUGUUUUGCAGCACCUCAUAAUUUAGUACCUUAUUCAAAUCCUUUUCCUGAAACUAUCUGUGGUAUUUCUUCUAAGGACUUAGUUUCAUUAGAGCUACCUUCCCCCCACCCCCCACCCCCAAUGAUCUUCUUUUCAGAGCCAGUUUUAUACUUCUCUUAAAAGAUGGAGAAAGAAAUUUGAACAAAUUGAGGUGCUCAGUUGUUAGACACAGGCAAAAACCAGACACCAAAGAAAAGCAUGCAAGUUCAGGGCCCCAGAUUCUUGUAGGCUGGGCAAUUUUUCUACCACAAGAAAAUCUCCAGAAGAUACUUAGUUAGAUGAAGAAAUAUCCCCUUUAGGAGUUUCAUGUGACCAUUACCAUGUUAAUAACAAUCAAAAUGCUACAUAUAUAUUUUUUAAAAUAAUGGUCAAAGUAACAACCUUUUAGGGUGAUGUGAUCAUUAUUUUUAGAGCCUUAUAAAUAGAUUUUAUCUUCUUGUUUGUUUUUUCCUACAAAGAGUAUAAUCUUUUUAGAACUAAUGUUUGAGGAAUCAGCUAAGUUGCUCAGUGGAUAGGGAGCCUGACCUGGAGAAAGGAGAUUCUGGGUUCAAAUCUGGCCUCAGAGACUUCCUAGCUGUGUGACCCUGGGCAAGUCACUUAAACACCAUUGCCUAACUCUUAGCACUCUUCUGCCUUGGAAUCAAUACUAUGUAUUGAUUCCAAGACAGAAGAUAAGGGUUUAUUUUUUUUUAAGCUAUGUAUAAAAUAUCUUGCAUUUCUACGAGUGUCCUUUUUCAAAGUCCGUUGGCACAUACAGAAGGCAGCACAUUGUAAUGUAGACUGUACUCACUCAGUGUAAGAGUCAGGAGUAACAGACCUGUGCUUGAAUCCCACUUCCAACAUUUGCAAGUUUUGUUCUCUGAGCCACAGUUUUCUCAUCUGGAAGAUAGCCAUUAAAAUACUUAAGUUGCCUGUCUUUACAGAAUCAUUGUGAGAAAAGCACUUUUUAAACUUUAAAAUGCUGUGUGGAUGGGGGACAGCUGGGUGGCUCAGUGGAUAGAGAGCCAGGCCCAGAGAUGGGAGGUCCUGGGUUCAAAUUUGGCCUCAGACACUUCCUAGCUGUGUGACCCUGGGCAAGUCACCUUCCUCCAUUGCCCAGCCCUUAUCACUCUUUUGCCUUAGAAUCAAUAUAUAUACAGAUUUUGAGAUGGAAUUUAAGGUUUUUAAAAAAUGCUAUGUGGAUAUAAAGUUGUUAUUAUUCCUUUCAUUGUCAUUCUGUUGUGUGCUAGAGUUUUCAGAGCACUUUCACAGACUUGGCAGCAUUCUGUUCUCCCAACAGUGCUUUUAGGGUAGAGAUUUUAUUUUACAUGUGAGGCAACUGAGGUAUAGAGAGAUGAAAGUGAGUUUACCAAGGUCACAUGACUUAAUUCACAAACAAACAUUGGAGUGGCAGAAAGCUCAAGUUCUAGUUCUACUUUUACCCAUUUAUAGAUAUGUGUCUUAGAGCUUAAACUUCCUGAGCCUUAGAAAUAAGAAAAAUUUAAAAAUGAAAAUAAAAUAAGAAUAAAAAUAAAAAUAUACAAUUCACCAAGUAGUCAUCAAUAUCAAACAAAAUAACAUGUAUGAAAAUACUUUGAAAUCUAUAAAAUACUACAUAUAUAAUACAUAUAUGUAAUACAAUCUAUUUAUACAUAUUUGUGUGUGUAUUUAUACAUAUAAUACAUAUAUAUUUAGGAUAGAGAGUAUUUUUACUUGUGGCUAAACUAGAAACCAUAUACAAUCAUACCUCCUUUUAUUCUGCUUUGCUUUUUUGCACUUCAUAGAUUUUGUGUUGUUCAUCUCCAAUUUUUCAACGGCGUGGGCUCAUAUCAUUUCUCUGUGUCACACUUUGGUAAUUCUCACUAUAUUCCAAACUUCUGCAUUAUUAUUACAUAUGUUGUGGUGAUCUAUGAUUGAUAAUCUUUGAUCUUUGUAAUUGUUUUGAGUUGCCAUGAACCAUACCCACAUAGGACAGAAAAUUUAGUUGUGUGUAUUCUGACUGCACCAUUGAUUGGCUACUCCACAUCUCUCUCCCACUCCCCAAUUCUCCUUAUUCCCUCAAACACAGCAAUAUUAAAAUUAAGCUAAUUAAUAACCCUACGAUGACCUCUAAGUGUCAAAGUGAAAGGAAGUGUAGAACAAUGGGGCAAACUUCAUUGUUAUCUUAUUUUAAGAAAUUACUGCAGCCAGCCUACCUUAAGUAAUCACCAGCCCCCAUCAGUCAGCAGCCAAAAACAUCAAGGCAAGACCCUCCACCCGUAAUUAUUGUUUACAAGAAAUAGAGUUAAAACAUAAUGACAUACACAGAUUUAAAAUAAGGACUUGGAGUGAAAUCUGUUAUACCACAGCUGAAUUUUAAAAAACAGGUAACAAUCAUGAUUUCAGACAAUGAAGCUGAAAAAAAAAAAUAGACCUAACUAAAAACAGUAAAGACAGGGAACUAUGUUUUGCUGAAAGGUACCAAAGACAAUAAAUUAAUCUUAGUACUUAAAUAUAUAUAUAUAUAUAUGCAUAUAUAUAUAUACACAAAACACAUACACACACCAAAUGGCAUAGCAAACAAGUAAAUACUAUGAGAAGCUAAAUAGCUAAAUAAUUUAUAGGAAUAAAGAGUAAAACUAUAGUAUUUGGGGGACAUCAACAUACCCUUCUCAGGACUAAACAAAUCUAUCCAAAAAAAUAAGCAGGAAAGAUGUUAAGUACCUAAAUGGAAUUUUGGAAGAGUAAGAAAUUAUAAAACUCCUUAUACCUAUUGAAAAGAAAUAAGAAAGUAUAUACAUAUUUUUUAGCUGUAUGAUGGAAACUUUGCAAAAAGUAAUCAUGAAUCAGAACAUAAAAACCUCACAAGCAAAUGUGGAAAAGCAAUAAUAUUAAACCUAUACCUUAUUUACCAUAAUGCUAUAAAAAUUAAAUAAAGGGCCAUUAAAAAAAAUACUAAAAAUCCACUGGAGACUAAAUAACAUUCCUCAGGAAUUAAUGGGCCAAAUAACAAAUAGUAGAAAUUAUAGAUAAUUUCAAUUAUUAAAAUGGCAACAGUGAAACAACACAUCAUAAUAUCAGGGAUGCAGCCAAAGCAAUACUUAGAGAGAAAAAUGCCUCCAAAUUCUUUUAUCAACAAAAGAAAGGGAGAAAAAAUAAAUUGAUAAAUUGAACAUUCAACAAAAAAAAAACAAUACAUUUUUAAACUCCAAAAUAAAAACCCUGAAAAUCAAAAGAUAUUAAUAACAUCAAAAACAAAAAAAAUGAAUAAAUAAAACUAGGAGCAGGGUUUUUAAUAGACAAAAUACUAUGUGAUUUAAUUAAGGAUAAGAAAAAAAACAAAUUUCAAGUAUCAAAAGUGAAAAAAGGAAAAAAAUAGAAAAAAAUUAAGAUGAAAUAUAGCAUGUUAUUAGAAUAUUUACCCUACUGUAUGCCACUAAAACUAACAACUUACAUGAAAUAAAUGAAUAUUUACAAACAUAAAAUACCUGGACCCUUAAAAGAGUAAGAAAUCCAGGAUUUAAACAACCACAUCUCAGAAAAAGACAUGAAGCAAUUCAUAAAGGAAUACCUGAAGAAAAAAUCUGAGAGCUAGAUAGAUUCAUAAGCAAAUUCUAUCAAAUAUUAAAAGAACAGUUCAUACCAGUAAUUUACAAACUGCUUGCAAAAAUUGCAAAAGAAGGAAUCCUGCCAAAUUAUUUUUAUGACACAAAUAUGGUCUUGAUGCCUAAACUAGGGAGAGUCAAAACAGAGAAAAAAAAAGACCAAUAUUCCUAAUGAACAUUGAUGCAAAAAUAUUAAAUAAAUUAUUAGCAAAAAAUACUCUAGUAAUAAAUCAUAAAAUUAUAACCCAAUUGGAUUUAUUCUAGGAUUGUAGAGUUGUUUUAAAAUGAGAAAAACUAUAAACAAAAUUGACAAUGCUAAUAACAACAAAAAACAUAAGAUUACAUCAGUUGAUGCAGAAAAAACUUGACAAAGUACAAUGCCCAUUUCUAAUUUUUUAAUUAGAAAACAUGGGAAUGAAUGUAUUUUUGUAACAAGCAAAAGAUGAAAUGAAUUUAGAAACAAAGUUUUGGUCUUUUGAGCAUACUAAUAUAUUAAGCAAUGCAUGCCAGUUGACUAACAAAUCAGGACCAGGCCCCUUCCUCAGCCCAGAGCUAGACCUUGAAUACAGGAUGAGACAGACUUUUAUACUUUAAAAUGAUUAAUCAAAUAAAACAAAUUAAUUCAAAGGAAACAAUACAAAAGAUUAAGGACAUUUCAAGUUGGGAGGGAGUAAAUAGCUAUACUUCCACUGAAUUCAGGAAAAGAGAUGCCCCACUCUUCUCCAAGUGUUUGUAAAUAAUCAAAGGAACAUGGAAACAAGAACUGAUUGAUCAGGACGGGACCUGUUUCCAAAUAAAACAUGUGGGUUGCCAGAGAUGUACAAUUGUGAGAAAACUCCUUACAUCAGUCUUAGAAUCUGGCUGCACUGAUCAAAGUUCAACAUAACCUGGACCUUGCUUAAGGGUCUCUAAACAGCAGGUACACAUAGUUCAGUUCUCCAGCCAUACAGAGGCUUGUUUCAAGCAAUCCAAUAAGGUUUUACCCAUUUUCUCACAAUUGAAUAAAGCUUUCUCACUAGACGGGAUUUGGACUAGGCCCAUAAUUGAACAGAAAGGGAACUGAAUCAGCUCCAGAUUUGAGUCACAAGAUGGAGUCAGCAUGGUUCACUCAGUUCCCGCAAUUAACCACUUAUUGCCUAAUCCUCUCAAUUUUCUCACACUUUUCCUUAAUAAGGAAAAUGUUUUCUGUCUAAAACCAAGAGCUUAUAUCAUAUGUAACAGGGACCACCUAGAGUCCUUUUUAGUAAGAUUAGGGUCAGGGUGAAGAAAGAAUAUCUGCUGUCAUCACUUCUAUUUGACAUAGUGCCAAAAAUGUACUAUUAGCAAUAAAACUAAGAGAUAUUGAAAGAAUAAGCUUAGUCAAAGAAAAAGCAGAAAUCGUCACUUUUUACAGAUGUCAUGAUAGUAUAUUUAGAGAACUGUAAAGAGGUAACUAAAAAUUAAUUAGAAAAUUUAUAACUUCAGCCAAGUUGAAAAGUAUAAAAUAAAUCCACACAAAUCAUCAGUAUUUCUAUAUAAUUCAAGUAAAACCUGGCAGGAAGAUAUAGGAUAGAAAGAAGGAAACAUUUUUUAAGCAUCUACUAUGGAACCAGCACUGUGCUAAGCACUGUACAAAUAUUAUCUCGUUUGAUCAUUAUAAUAAUCCUGGGGAAGAAGCAAUAUUAUUUUCCUCAUUUUACAGUUGAGGAAACUGAAGAAGACAGAGGUUAAAUGAGUUUCCUGCAGUCACACAGCUAGUAAGGAUAAGAGUCUAGAUUUGAGCUCAGCUUUUCCUGACUCCAAGCCCAGGGUUCUAUACAUUGUACCGCUUACAUGGAAAGAGAAAAUUCCAUUUCACAUUCCUAGAGAAUAUAUAAAAUAUUUUGGGAAUCUAGCUACCAAGAUAGAUAGAUAGAUAGAUACAUACAUACAUACAUACAUACAUGCAUACACAAAAUAUAAUAAUAGCUAAUAUUUAUUUAAUUUUAGCAUAGCUAUCCUGCCUUUGCUCCUACAUGUGUACUACUAAAUGAAGCCAGAGAAAAAUCAUAAAAAUAUGUUGAAUUGGACCAUUACAAAUUUAUGUUCCAUAACCUCAUCUGGGUCCCCAUUGUUGCAAGACCUCCAUAAUCACCACUAUUCUAUUCACCAUAGUAGAUCUUCUUACCAAACUUCCCAUAGUCCUCCAUCUUCUUAGCUGAGAAUCCUGACUUGUAUUUUACUGGGGGGAAAAUGAAGCCAUUUGCCAAUAACUCCAUCAUAUUCCUUCUUCCUCAUUUCAUAUCACCCAAAUGUGUGCUGCUACUAUUUCUUCCUUCCUUCAUGUUGGCCCUUAUAGCUGGCAUAAACCUUUUUUAUUUUUAUUUUUUUUCCUCAAUCAUAUGAAAAAACAACUUUCAUCCUUUUUUUUUUGUUUGAACCAAAUUCUUGCCCACUCUCCUUCCCUCCCUUUUCCCUGAGAUGACAAGCAAUAUGAUAUAGCUAUACAUGUUAAUAGUGUAAAAUAUCUUACCAUAUUAAUCAUUUUGUGAAAAGCAAACUUGAACAAAUAAAAUAAAAGUGAAAAAAUAAAUAAAGAUAUAAUAGUAUAUCUCAUUCUGUAUUCAGAUUCCAUUAAUUCUUUCCCUGGGAGCAAAAGGUGUUUUUCAUCAAGUCUGUGAGGGGACAGCUAGGUGACUCAGUAGAUUCAGAUCCAGGCCCAGAGACAGGAAGUUCUGGGUUAAAGUCUGGCCUCAGGCAUUUCCUAGCUGUGUGACCCUGGACAAGUCAUUUAAGCCCAAUUGCCAGCCCUUACCACUCUUCUGCCUUUGAACCAAUACCUAGUAUUGAUUCUAAGAUGGAAGGUAAGGGUAAAAUAGUCCUUGAGGGUUUUCUUGGAUCACUCCAUUGCAAAGAAUAACUAAGUCAUUCAUAAAUGUUCAUAUAUGAUUGCCAUUACUAUGUACAAUGUUCUCCUGGUUCUGCUCACUUCAUUUUGUAUUAGUUCAUGUAGGUCUUCCAGGUUUUUCUUAAAUCAUCCUUCUCAUCAUUUCCUAUAGCACAGUAGUAUUCCAUUGCAAUCAUAUACCAAAACUUGCUCAGUCAUUCCCCAGUUGAUGAAUGUCCCUUCAAUUUUCAAUCUUUGCUACCACAAAAAGAGCCACUAGAAAUAUUUUUAUACAAUCAGGUACUUUCUCCCUUUUAAAAAAUCUCCUUGGCAUCUAGGGUAUACACAAUUUUAAAAACCCUUUGGGCAUCAUUCCAAAUUACUCUCCAAAAUGGUUGGAUCAGUUCCCAACUUCACCAACAGUUCAUUAAUGUUCCAAUUUUCCCACAUCCCUCCCAACAUUAUUUUCCUUUUCUGUCAUAUUUGCCAAUCUGAUAGGUAUGAGGUGGUACUUCAGAGUUGUUUUAAUUUGUAUUUCUCUAUCUAAGACUGAUUUAGAGCAUUUUUUCAUAUGCUUACAUAUAACCUUGAUUUCUUCCCUGAAAAUUGCCCAUUCAUAUCCUUUGACCAUUUAUCAAUUGGGGAAUGAUUUGUAUUCUUAACAAUUUGAUUCAGUUCUCUCUAUAUUUGAAUUAUCAGAGAUACUCUCUGUAAAAUUUUUUCCCCAGCUUUCCCCUUUUCUUCUGAUCUUAGUUACAUUAGUUUUGUUUAUGCAGAUUCUUUUUAGUUUAAUAUAAUCAAAAUUAUCAAUUUUGCAUUCUGUAAUGCUUCCUCUCUCUCGUUUGGUCACAGAUUUUUCCCUUAUCCAUAGAUCUGACAGGUUGAUUAUUUAUGCUCCUCUAAUUUGUGAAUGGUGGUACCCUUUACAUCCAAAUCAUGUAUCCAUUUUGACCUUAUCUUGAAUUAGAAUAUGAGAUGUUGAUCUACACCUAAUCGCUAUUACACCUUUUACCAGUUUUCUCAGCAGUUUUUAUCAAAUAGUGAUUUCUUGCCAAAAGCUUGGAUCUUUGGGUUUAUCACACACUAAGUAACAAUAGUCAUUUGCUACUAUGUAUUGUGUAGGUAAUCUAUUUCACCAAUCUACUGCUGAAUUUCUUAAAUAUUACCAGAUCCUUUUCAUGAUUACAGCUUUGUAAUACAGUUUGGGGUCUGAUACUCCUAGGCCACCUUCUAACACAUUUUAUUUUCAGUGAUUCCCUUGAUAUUCUUGACCUUUUGUUCUUUCAGAUGAAUUUUGUUAUUAUUUUUCUAGUUCUGUAAAAUAAUUUGGGGGCAAUUCAAUUAGUAUGGCACAUAAACUUCUUUAUAUGCACAAGUGAUCACAUUCAAUUCUGUCCUCUCCAAAAGAUUUUCCCCUCUAUCACCUCUAUUCUCUCACUUAUUUUAAAUCUCUUUUUGUCUCCUGGAUGUUUUACUGCCUACAAACAUAACCAUUUCUCCUUAAUUCUCAAAAAACCUUCACUUCAUCUCUCUAUCACUACUAGGUCUCAUCCCAUAUCCUAUGAUUUGUGGAUAAAUUUCUUGAGGAAAACCAUCUUUGCCUCCACAUCCUUUUUUCUCACUCCCUUUUUGACUUCUAAUGUUAUCAUUCUAUUAAAAGUCUUGGUUUUACUUGGUAUUACUAAUGAUUUCUUAAAUGCCAAAUUGAGAGGCCUUUUUUCAGUUCUCAUCCUCCUUGUCCUCUCUGCUGCCUUCAAUAUUGUCAAUCACCCUUUUCUCCUUGAUAUUCUUUUCUCUCUGGGUUUUUGUGACACCUCUCUACCCAUCUUAGCAUUCCUUUUCAGUCCUCUUGCCUGGAUCUUCAUCCAAGUCACACUCACUAACUAAAUGUAGGUGUUAUACAGAGUUCUACCCUUUGCCCUCUUCUCUUCCCACUUGGUAAUCUCAUCCAGUCCUAUGAAUUCAAUUAGCAUCUCCAGGCUGAUGAUUCUCAAACAUACUUAUAUCUAGUUCUAACCUCUGCUUCCAGUCUUGCAUCUCCAACUGCCUAUUGACCAUUUCAAACUAUAUGUUGCCGAGAGAUAUCUUAAACUUAACGUGUUGAAAACUGAACUCUUUAUAUUCUGCUUCACCACAGCCUUUUCUUCCUAACUUCUCUGUUAUUGGUGAUGACACCACCAACCUCCUAGGCACCCUGGUUCAGUCUCUGAGUGUAAUCCUCAACUCCUUCCUCUCUCAUCCUCACCCCCAUCCAAUCUGUUGCCAAGACACAUCAGUUUUAGUUUUAUUGCACAUGUCCACCUCAUCCCUGCAUUGUUUUAAUUGUCUUGAAAAAAGACCCUUACCUUCUGCCUUAGAAUUAAUACUAAGAAUCAGUUCAAAGGAAGAAGAGCAGUAUUAGGCAGUCACACAGCUAAGAAGUGUCUGAGGCUAAUCAAUCUUGUUUUGAAAUUAAAAAAAAAAAAUUCUGAAAGGUUUAAGAACUCUUUAUCAAUGCAGUGAUCAACUAUGAUUCCCAAAGAGAUGCUGCCCAUCUCAUGACAGAAAAAUGACAAAUGUUUUUAAAUGUGGCCAAUGUAAAAAUUUGUUUUUCUUAACUAUGCUUAUAUGCUAUUAAUAUUUUGUAUUUUCUUUUUCUGUUGAGAUGGCAGAUUAUCUUAUUUGAUCCUUACAACAACCCUAGGAGAUAGGUUCUAUUAUUAUCCCCAGUUGAAGAAAUUGAGAUAGACAAAAGAUGACAAAGCUUCUUAGUAUCUGAGGCCUGUCAGAUCUUCUUGACUCCAUGUACUGUGCCACCUCACUGCCAUAGCAACAUCGAUUUCUACUACAGUAUUCAGGGAUUGCAUCUUAUGUGUAAAAUUAACUAUUUUCUCUUCUAAGCUAUAUAUUCUUUCCUUAAAAAAAAAAAAAAAGCCCUUCCCUUUCAUUUUAGAAGGAAUACUGUGUAUUGGCUCCAAGGCAGAAGAAUGGUAAGGGCUAGGCAAUGGGGAUUAAGUGACUUUCCCAGGGUCACAUAGCUAGGAAGUAUAUGGGGUCAGAUUUUAACCCAGGACUUUCUGUCUCCAGGCCUGGCUCUCAGUCCACUGAGCCAUAUAACUGCCUCAUCAAUCCUGUUUUUUGUUGUCGUUUUUUUAAACCCUUACCUUCCUUCUUGAUAGACCUCCUUUCCUAUUUUCAUCAGACUUCUGCGGUAUGUGUGUGUGUGUGUGUGUGUCUGUGUCUGUGUCUGUGUCUAUGUGUGUGUGCGUGCGCAUGCGCACAGUUCUGGGAUGGAAGUCACUUAUUUUACUUUCUCAUUGGAUUUUAAAAAACAUUACUUGGUCCAGUUUGAACUUUAGAAUUUUACCAUAUGGAUUGUCUGCUGCCUCUUCAAGCAGUCAUCUUGGCCAGAAGCUUUAGGAAACUAUUAGCAGUAAUAUUUGAAGCCCCAAAUGGAGUGAUUUUUAUGAGGAAGAAUAGGGGAGGCUGCCUAAAGAGACCAAUUUUGUGACACAGAACUAACUCAUCCACUGAUUCAAAUUUAAAGUAUAGCUAGAAGAUAGAAACAAAGGCAGAAAACCAAGGGCAAAUGCCAAAUGGAAAGAAGCACAUUCCUUAAAGAGUAAUGUCAAGAGUGCUAAAUCACAGAAGGUGAAAUUAGAUAGGUUUGAUGAGGAUAACAAAAGGAUUGGCUUGGAGAGUUUUUUUUAGCUGCAUUGAAGUAAAGAUCAAACAAAUGAUAGGACCACUUCACAAGAAUUGGAUGAUAAUAUCAGAUGUUGAUAAAGGUGAAUUAAUAAAAAUGUUUUCUUGUGCUUUUUCUUCCAUCGGUAAUGAUCUUUAGAUAUAAAAUAUAAAAUUAAAAUGGUCAAAAGAAAUCAAAUAAGUAAAGAAUAGUUAGCAUCUAUCCUACCUGAAUGAAUUCAAGUCACCAGACCCAGAUAAUCUUAUCCUAAAAUGAUGAAAGAACUAUGAUUGCCAACACUGUCCAUGAUCCGGAACCAGGAAGACCUCAGUUCAAAUUUUACCUGAAUCACCAGGUUUAAAGCCCUGGGGUAUCAAUUAGGAUCUCAGAUUCAGUUUCCUCAUCUGUAAAAAUGAAGACAAUGAUGGCUCUCACUUCACAUUGUCCUGAGAGCCAAAUAAGAUAAUGUAACAUAAAGUUCAUUGACAAUCUUAAAGAACUAAAUGAAUGUUUGCUAGUAUUACUAUUUUUUGUUAUUAAAAGGUGAUAGGUAAAUGUUGCUACAAUUUCAAAAAAAGGAGUGAAUCAUAGAGUCCUGAAACCAUGAGCCAAUGAGGUUGACUUCUAUUGGCAAGAUACAACUCAAGGUUUUGUGAGUAUUGAAAAAAGAAUCCAACAUUAACAGGUUAUUAAGAUCAGUUAGUGUCUGACUAAUAACUACUUAUUUGGGACAUUAUGAAGGGUAUAUUCCAGGUUCAGCUCCCCUCUACUGUAAAAGCUCUUUCACACCUCUUUUAUGUAAGAUAAUUUACCUCUUGUACCUCUCCGUUCCUCCUCCUUCUGGUGCAUUCUUCCUUCUUACCCUUCAACUUUAUAUUUUUUUAGAUAUCCCAUCACAUUAAAUUCAUACUCAUGCCCUCUAUUUAUAAUUCUUCUAACUAUCCUAAUAAUGACAGAAUUCUUUUUUUUUUUUUGGAAAAUUUUAUUUAAUUAGUCAAUUUAGAACAUUAUUCCUUGGUUACAAGAAUCAUAUUCUUUCCCUCCCCUAUCCCACCUCUUCCCUUAGCCAACGCACAAUUCCACUGGGUUUUACAUGUGUCUUUGAUCAGAACCUAUUUCCAUGUUGUUGAUGUUUGUACUAGGAUGUUCAUUUGGAGUCUACAUCCCCAAUCAUAUCCCCCUCGACCCAUGUAAUCAAGCAAUUGUUUUUCUUCUAUAUUUCUACUCCCACAGUUCUUUCUCUGGAUGUGGAUAGUGUUCUUUCUCAUAAAUCCCUCCAAAUUGUUCUGGAUCAGUGAAUUGCUACUAAUGGAGAAGUCCAUUACAUUUGAUUGUGCCACAGUGUAUCAGUCUCUGUAUACAAUGUUCUCCUGGUUCUGCUCCUCUCACUCUGCAUCAAUUCCUGGAGGUUGUUCCACUUCAGAUGGAAUUCCUCCAAUUCAUUGUUCCUUUGAGCACAAUAGUUUUCCAUCACCAACAUAUACCACAAUUUAUUCAGCCAUUCCCCAAUUGAAGGGCACCCCCUCAUUUUCCAAUUUUUUGUCACCACAAAGAGUGCAGCUAUGAAUAUUCUUGUACAGGUCUUUUUCCUUAUUACCUCUUUGGGGUAUAAACCCAGCAGUGCUAUGGCAGGAUCAAAGGGCAGACAAUCUUUUAGCACCCUUUGGGUAUAGUUCCAAUUUGCCCUCCAGAAUGGUUGGAUCAAUUCACAACUCCACUAGCAAUGUAUUAAUGAAUGACAGAAUUCUUAAGAGCUAUAAGUACCAUCUUUUCAUGGAGGAAUAUAAAUACUUUAACAUUAUUGACUUUCUUAUGAUUUCUCUUUGCUGUUUACUUUUUUUUGCUUCUCUUGAAUCUCAUAUUUGCAAGUCAAAUUUUCUAUUCAGCUUUGGUGUUUUCAUUAACAAUACUUGAAAGUUCUUUAUUUCAUUUAAUAUCCAUUUUUUUUCCUGAAGGAUUAUCCUCAGUUUUCCUGGGUAACUGAUUCCUGUUUGUAAUUCUAAUGAGAGUUCCAGAAAAUCAUAUUCUGAGCCCCCUCAUCUUUUAAUAGGAAAGCUGCUAAAUCUUGUCUUAUCCUGGCUGUGGCUCUUCAAUAUCUGAAUUUUUUCAGUGUAGCUCUUUGUAAUAUUUUCUCCUUGACCUGGGAGCUUUGAAAUUUGUUUAUAAUAUUCCUGGGAGUUUUCAUUUUGGGAUCCCUUUCAGGAUGUGAUGUGAUGGUUCUUUCAAUUAAUAUUUUACCCCUUGGUUCUAGAAUAUCAAGGCAGUUUUCUUGAUAAUUUUUUGAAAGAGUAGAUCUAGGCUUAUCUCUCCUCAAUUUGUUCUCUAGGUCAUUUGUUUUUCCAAUGAGAUAUGUCACAUUUCUUCUAUUUUUUAAUUUUUUAAAUUUUGUUUUGUUUCUUAAUGUCUUGUGGAGUCAUUAGCUUCCACCUGCUCAAUUCUAAUUUCCAAGGAAUUGUUUUUCUCAGCUUUCUACCUCCUUUUCCAUUUGACUAAUUCUACUUUUUAAGAUUUUUUCUUCAAUGAAUUUUUGUAUCAUUUGUAUCUUUCCAUGUAGCCAAUUUUACUUUUCAAAGGCUUUUUCUGCAUGUAUUGAAAUAAUCGUGUGAUUUUUGUCGGUUUGCUUGUUAAUAUGAUUAAUUAUGUGGAUAGUUUUCCUAAUAUUGAAUCAUCAUUGCAUUCUUGGUAUAAAUCCCACCUGGUCAUAAUGAAUGACCCUCAUGUUCACUUGCUCUGGAGUCUUUUUGCUAGUAUUCUAUUUAAGAUUUUUAUACCUAUGUUCAUUAAGGAGAUUGGUCUAUAGUUUUCUUUCUCUGUUUUUGACCUGUGUGGUUUUGGAAUCAGUACCAUAUUUGUGUCAUAAAAGGAAUUUGGUAGAACUCUUUCUUUGCUUAUUCUGUCUGUCAAAUAGUUUGUAUAAUAUUGGGAUUAGUUGUUCUUUGAAUGUUUGAUAGAAUUCAUUUGUGAAUCCAUCUGGACCUGUGGAUUUUUUCUUAGGGAGUUCUUUGAUGGCCUCUUCAAUUUCUUUUUCUGAUAUGGGAUUGUUUAGGUAGUCUAUUUCUUCCUCUGUUAGACUAGGCAAUUUAUAUUUUUGUAAAUAUUCAUCCAUAUCACCUAGACUGUCAUAUUUAUUGCCAUAUAAUUGGGCAUAAUAAUUUUUAAUGAUUGCUUUAAUUUCCUCUUCAUUAGAGGUGAGGUUUCCCUUUUCAUCUUGGAUACUAUCAAUUUGGUUUUCUUCUUUUCUUUUUUUAAUUAGAUUGACCAGUACUUUGUCUAUUUUAUUUGGGGUUUUUUAAAUACCAUCUUCUAGUCUUAUUUAUUAAAUCAAUAGUUCUUUGACUUUCAAUUUAUUAAUUUCUCCUUUGAUUUUUAGGAUCUCUAAUUUAGUUUUCAUCUGAGGAGUUUUAAUUUGUUCACUUUCUGGUUUUUUUUUAAUUUGCAUGCCCAAUUCAUUGACCUCUGCCCUCCCUAAUUUGUUAAUAUAUGAACUCAAGGAUAUGAAUUUCCUCCUGCGUACUGCUUUGGCUAUCUCCAAUAGAUUUUGAAAGGAUGUCUCAUCAUUGUUAUUUUCUUUAAUUAAAUUAUUAAUUGUUUCUAUUAUUUGUUCUUUGACUAACCAAUUUUGGAAAAUCAUAUUAUUUAAUUUCCAAUUAAUUUUUGACUUAUUUAUCCAUGUACCCUUACUAAUUAUUAUUUUCAUUGCAUUGUGGUCUGAGAAGGUUGCAUUUAUUAUUUCUGCCCUUUUGCACUUGUUUGCAAUGUUUUUAUGCCCUAGUACAUGGUCAAUCUUUGUGAAUGUACCAUGUGCUGCUGAAAAGAAGGUGUAUUCCUUUUUGUCCCUAUUUAUGUUUCUCCACACAUCUACUAACUCUAAUUUUUCUAAGAUUUCUUUCAUUUCUCUUACCUCUUUCUUAUUUAUUUUUUGGUUUGAUUUAUCUAGAUCAGAUAGAGGAAGGUUCCAGUCUCACACUAGUAUAAUUUUUCUAUCUAUUUCAUCCUUGAACUCCAUUAGUUUCUCCUUUAGAAAUUUGGAUACUAUACAAUUUGGUGCAUACAUGUUCAGUACUGAUAUUUCCUCAUUGUCUAUACUGCCUUUUAUCAGGAUAUAAUUACCUUCCCUAUCCCUCUUGACUAGAUCUAUUUUUACUUUGACUUUGUCAGAUAUCAUGAUUACUACAACUCUUGCCUUCUUUUUCUCAGUUGAUGCCCAAUAGAUUUGGCUCCACCCGCUAACUUUUACACUAUGUGUGUCUACCUUCCUCAUGUGUGUUUCUUGUAGACAGCAUAUAGUAGGGUUUUGGUUUCUAAUCCACUCUACUAUUUGCUUGCAUUUUAUGGGUGAGUUCAUUGCAUUCACAUUCAGAGUUAUGAUUACCAGCUGUGUAUUUCCCAUCAUUUUGGUUUCCACUCCUAGUCCUGCCCUUUCUUCUUUCACUAUUUCCUUCUACACCAGUGUUUUGUUUUUAAUCAAUCCCACUAAUUCUCACCCUUAUUUUACUUCCCUUUAUAUUCCACCUCUCUUCUUAUUCCCCUCUUAUUUUCUUUAUGGUCUUUUUAAACUAGCCUCUACCCUCUCCCUCCCUUGUAUUGCUUCCUUCCCCACCAGUCCAUUUGUUACCCUUCUACUUGUCAAUAGGAUGCAAAUCAAUUCUCUGCCCCAAUGUAUUUGAUUGUUCUUCCCUCUUUGAGUCAAUUUCAAUGCACAUAAGAAUUGAGUAUUUCCCAUCUACAAUCUCUUUACCCUUCCAGUGUAUUCGUGUUCUCCCCCACUCCCUCCAUGCACUUCUUUAUGACAUAUAAAUUUACUCCAUUUUGUUUCUUUACCCAUUUAUCUUAGUAUUAGCCUCUUUUUUUAACUCUAGUUAUAUAUGUAUAUAUAUGUAUUAUGCAUACAUAUAUUUAUAUACAUAUUUAUGUCUUGGUAUUUCAUCCUGUACAGUUUGUCACUGUUCCCACUAAGUAUAAUUCUUCUAGCUACCCAGUUGAUAAUAACAAUUUCUAUGAGUUACCAAUAUCCUCUUUUCUUGUACCCCAUGGGAUACCUAUCAUUUUAACUUACUGGGUCUCUUAAAAAAAAAAAGUUGUUUGUUUUAUUUUGUUUUUCUUUUUUUUCCUUCUUUCUUAAUUACCUUUUGAUGAUUCUCUUGAGUUCUGUGUUUGGACAUCAAAUUUUCCGUUCAGGUCUGGUCUUUUCUUUACAAAUGCUUGGAAUUCUUCUAUUUUGUUAAAUGACCAUACUUUCCCCUGCAAGAAUAUAGUCAGUUUUGCUGGGUAGUUGAUUCUUGGUUGUAGACCUAGUUCUCUUGCUUCCCAGAAUAUCAUAUUCCAUGCCUUUUAGUCCUUCAGUGUAGAUGCAGCCAAAUCCUGUGUUAUACUCACUGUAGUUCCAUGGUAUCUGAAUGGCUUCUUCUUAGCAGCUUGUAAUAUUUUUUUCCUUGGUCUGGUAGUUCUUGAAUUUGGCUAUAACAUUCCUGGGUGUUUUCAGUUGGGGAUUAAGUACAGUAGGUGAUCUGUGGAUUCUUUCAAUCUUCACUUUUCCCUUUUGCUCUAGAAUGUCGGGGCAGUUUUCUUGGAUAAUUUCCUGUAGAAUGAUGUUCAAAGGCUUUUUCUUUUGUCAUGAUCUUCUGGUAGACCAGUAAUUCUUAAGUUAUCUUUCCUGGACCUAUUUCUAAAACUUCUGUUUUGUGGAUGAGGUGUUUCAUAUUUUCCUCAAUUUUUUCAUUCUUUUAAUUUUGUUUUAUAGUUUCCUGCUGCCUUGUGAAGUCGUUUGCUUCUAAUUAUUGUAUUCUAGUUUUUAAAGACUGAAUUUCAUCCCUGGCUUUUUGGUCAUUCUUCUCCUUCUGUUCUGAUUUUCUUUGGAGGUCAUCUUUCAUUUUCUUUGCCUCAUCUUUCACCUCCUUUGCCUCAUUUUUAAGCUGAUUAAUUUUGGCUUUCAAGACACUAUUUUCUCAUUUUAGUUCAAGUGCCUGUGUUUCCAGAUGACUUCUCUUAUUUUUUAAGUUUUUUAUUCCCAGUUGUCUUCAACCUCUCUUAAUUGUGUUUUGAAUUGUACUUUGAGUUCUUCCAUAGCCUGUGUCCAGUUUGCUGCAGUUUUUGUGUUUUUGCUUGGUGUUCCUUGAUCCUCUUCUGUUUCAUUUGCUCUUUGUUCAUUGCCUGGAUAGAAGCUGUCCAUUAUAAUUUCUUUUUUUUUCUUUUUCUGUUGUUUGCUCAUAUUUGCCCCUUCUUUCCUCCUUGUAGUUGCCUAUAGUCUUGCCCCUCUCGUUAUGUGCUAGAUUUGUGGGUUUGGGUUUUUCUAUUCUGAUGGGACUUCUCCUCUGCUCUGCUGAUUGGUGAGGUUGAGUCCUGAUGUCAUAUCUCCCCUAGCUGUCAGCAGAAGCUGAAAAGGAGCUGGACUUCCCACCUUAUUAUUAAGGUGUUCUGUAGUGGUUGCAGCCUUCACUCUUGGAGCUUGAUCAGCAAGGCUCUUAGAGCAGCUUGUGGGGGAGGGAUGUUGGAGUUUGAGCUUCCCUGUCCUCUAAAGGCUUGAUAAUAUUAAGUCAGGACAGAGUUGUUCUUGCAGAGCUGAAUUUGCCCUGAGGCCAAAACUAUGGGAAAGGGAUGGGGGGCACAAUAUAGUGUUUUGGCUGCAAUUGGGCUGCCUUCUCUGAGUUUCUCCUCCAUCUGCCUCCCCGCCGCCUAUGUUCAAAUCCCUGAGCCUAGUACAGCUUUGCCCACAAGGUACUCCCUCCAGACUAGCACCCUUGCCUGCCCAGAGAUUCCAACCACUACUGGAAGCUCAGUACUAUAGGUAGGGGAGGGGUCCUGGGACCUUCCUUCUUCCUUCCCCUUAAACCCAAGUAUUCUCAAAUUCAAGCUUUUGGGGGGCAUUCCUUUUAAAUUGAGUCCAGCAGAAGGGUUCCUUAGCUCUGUCCUGUUAUUAGAUUUGGUUUUCAGUCCCCUAGGAGCAUUUUGUUUUUAAUUGAUGAGGAAGGGCUUUUAGAGGUCUGAACUUUUGCUGCCUCUGAGCUGCCAUCUUGACUCCACCUCUCCCAAUUCAGCUUUUCAAGGUGUUUUCUUUAGCUCUUUUACCAUGUGGCCUAUUCUGUUUUUUAAUUCAUUAUUUUCUUCAGUAUUUUUGUACCUCCUUUACAAAACUGUUGACUCUUCAGGAUUUUUGUGCAUUAUUUUUCCCAUUUCUUUUCUCAUUUCUUUUCCCAAUAUUUCCUCUACCUCUUUUAUUUGAUUCUUAAAAUCCUUUUUGAGCUCUCCAAAGAAUUCUUUUUGGGCCUGCAACCAAUUCAAAUUUGUCUUUGAGGCUUUAGAUGUAGUAGUUUGGGCUUUGUUUUCUUCUCAGUUUGUGUUUUGAUCUUCUCUGUCAACAUAAUGACUUUCUAUGGUCAGGUUCUUUUUUUUUUUUUUGGCACUUUUCCAGCCUAUUUCUUUACUGUUAACUUUAAAAAUUGUUAAAGUUGGACUCUGCUCCUGGGGUGAAGGAGGCACUGCAUCAAGCUUCAGGUUGUUUGUGCAGCUGCCUUCAGAGCCAACUCUGGAGGGUCUGUGAAAGUUUUCUUUUCUUUCAAAGUCCUAUAUACUUUAAGGGGAUAUGUGUUUACUAAUUUCUUAGCCUGUGCUCUGAUCUAUGAGCAACCACAAGCUGUCUUUUCCCCACUGGAAAUAUGACCAGAGUCCUUGCCCCCUUGUGUAUGAAUACUCUAAAGUACUAGUGCUCCUUCUUGUGCUAGAACUGUGACUCAGUUCUGCAUAUGGAGAAUACAAGAGUCCUGUACCUAGUGUCAGCAAAAGGACCCCUAUAUAAUCUCCCUCUGACCUAUUGACCAACCUCCUUGCUCUCCAUGGGCUAAAAACUCCAGAAGCUGUUGCUGAUGAUUCAGUUACUCCCAAGGCUUGCCAAGGCAGGGUAGGGUCCACAUCAAUGAGAGUUACACUGACUAGGCCAUGCUCUACUCUCACCCCAAUGUGAUAGACCUUUUCUGACAACCUUUUAUGUUAUCAUGAAUGGAAAAUUUUCACCCCACCAGUUUGUGAAUUCUAUCACUCCAAAAUUCAUUUUGAGGCAUCAUUUUAAAAUUAUUUAGAGGGGAAUUUGGAAGAUCGCAGGUGAACUUUUGCCUUUUCUUUACCAUCUUGUGACAAUAAGAAAUAUGAAAGCAAAGUCAAAAGACUGGGGACGGGGGGCAGGACAGAAGAAAAUAUAAAACAAAACGUAGCAAAAACAACUGACAUGUAAAACAUAUCAAGGAGAAAAAACUCAAGAAUCACCAGACUACUUGAUAACUAUGACCAAAACAAGAGCUUAGACAUACUCUAUUAUUUUAAAAUAGAAAUAAAUAGGAUCUACCUAUCACUUUCUGAAAGAAACUCCAAAUACAGAAUUUCCUGGAAUAUUAUAACCCAAAUCCAGGGCUCCCAUCCAGAUCAAAGAAAGAAGAACUGCAAGUAGAUAGAAAGAAGGAAUUCAAGUACUGAGGAGCCACAGUCAGGAUCAUGCAUGAUUUAAUAACCAUCACUAUAAAGAAACAGAAAGUUUUGAAUACCAUAUUCCAGAAAGCAAAGGAUAUGGACUUUUAAUCAAGAAUAAUCCAGCUAAAGUGAACAUAAUCCUAAAUGGGGAAAAAUGGAUUUUUAAAGAAAUAAAGGACUUCCACGUAUUCUUUUUUUUUUUUUAAUAAAACCCUUACUUUCUGUCUUGGAAUCAAUACUGUGUGUUGGUUCCAAGGCAGAAGAGGGGUAAGGGCUAGGCAAUGGGGGUCAAGUGACUUGCCCAGGGUCACACAGCUAGGAAGUGUCUGUGGCUAGAUUUGAACCUAGGACUUCCUGUCUCUAGGCCUGGCUCUCAAUUCACUGAGCCACCCAGCUGCCCCCACUUCCACACAUUCUUGAUGAAAAGACUAGAGCUGUGUAAAAACUUUGAAGUCCAAACACAAGAAUAAGAGAAAUAUAAAAAAAUUAAAAUUAAUGGAUAAUGAUAAAGGACCAAGCAAGAAUAAACUGCUUAUAUUCUAAUAUGGGGAUAUGAUACCCAUGUCUCACUGAACUCUGUCAUCAGCAGCAGUCAGAGAGCAAGUCUUAAUUAGAGAGAAGGCCUGGGAGUAAGUCUUGAAGAAUUGGGGGGGGGGGGGCGAGAAAACACUGGAGAACCAAGAGGAAGGGAAAGAAAGAUUAUGAAAAAUUAUUCCAUAUAAUCAAGGUGCAUCUGUAAACAUCUAUACAAACUAGGAGGGUGGCUGAUACUUAAGGCUCACUCUUAUUUGAACUAGUCAGAGGAGGGAGGAAUACACAUAUAGAGUUGGAUACAAACAUAUAUCUCACUCAAUAGAGAAAUGAGGAAAAGAAGAAGCAGUUUAAGGGAGUGGUUAGUCUAAAGUAAAACAAACUAAAAUAGGCUCUUUUUGAGAUGGCAAAGAAUGGAAACCUGAGGAGAGAGGUAUUCAUAAUUUAGGGAAUGGUUCAACAAGUAUAAUAUCUUAAUUGGAAUACUAUUUAUUGUACUAUAAGAAAAGAUGAAUGAAGAGUUUCAGAGAAACCUUGGAAGAUUUAUAUAUGAAACAAGACAGACUGAAUUGAACAGUACCAGGACAACAAUAUGGUUAAGAUAAUUUACUUUGAAAGAAUUAGUAACUCUGAUGACUUUAAUCUGCAAUUGCAAUUCUAAAGGGCAAAUGAUGAAAGAUAAUACUCACUUCAGAAAGAGAGGUGAAGGAUCCAAAUGUAGGAUAUACAUAUAUAUAUAAUAUGUCUGUGUUUAUAUGUACAGACAUGUACAUAGCAUAUUUCUGUAUGGGUACUCAUACACAUGUACAUAUUUACACACAAGUGCAUUGUAUGUUUCUCUAUGUACAUGUAUAUAUUACAUCUCUACAUCCCCAUGUAUACACAAUCAGUGUGGACAUUUGUUUUGAUUGUCUUUUGUUUUUAAGAGCCCAAAAUUUUUAUCAUCCAUAUGAUUUGUUACUGGAAUUUUUCUGAAGCAAUUUUCUAUAAAAUUUAGCUAAUUCAUGACAUGCCCUGAGUUGUUGCCUUGAAAAGUUAUUUAAAUUUUUUUUGUUAGUGAACUGCUCCCAUCUUUGUCUAGAGUUCUUAAGUGAAAGAUUUAACUGAAGAAAGUUUCUCCACAUUCCAUGUUGUUGGGGAGAAUGAAAUAUUCCUACAGGAAAUAGAACUGAAGCUUCACAGUUUAUUUCUUGGUGUUAAAUUCCUCUCCUUUCUGUGCUGAUUACCUUUAUAGAAUUUUAGUAAAAGGGAGCCUACCUAUCCUUCCUUUUUAAAAUCUCUGUCCAAAAAUUUAGUGGAGUGCUUAUCAGAUUAUGAGAACUGUGAGUUUAUUCAAGGCCUUAUAUUUCUUUGUCUUUCAGCUGUGAUACGUAGGGAACAAAUACAUUGUACACACACAAAUAUGUAUGUUAGUUUGAUUUUAGCCAGGACUAUUAUUAAUAAAUAUGACAAUAUUCCAGACACAUAAGUCCCUGAAUAUUUACUUUCCUUUGUGAAGUACUAGGUGUAAUUUCUGGGUAUUGGUGGGUAAAAGGGAGAGACAUUCUUCUUUAUUCAAUACUUAUUAUUGUGGCAGGUUUUUAUAUUGGUAUAGGAGGGAGAAAAUACUUCAAUAAUUAUUACAUAAUAGACAUUUUUGCAUUACUAUUAUAUGUCAAGGAGUUUUGAUUUCAUAACAUAAGAUCUUCCAGUGGGUGAACUCAUUGUAUGGGGAAGAUAAAGGAUUUGCUUACCCAUGGUCACACACCUAGUAAGUAUCUAAAGUAGGUCUUGAGUUCAAGGAUUCCUUCUUCCAAAUCCAGUACUUUAUCCACUAUGUCACCUUACUCUUUUUAAUAGUGCUUUAGUAGUUAGUAUUAUUUAUUAAUAUUAUUAGUUUCAUUGUUAAAUUUAUUAAUACUAUUAUUUAGCCUUGAUCUUUAACCUAGCUUGGCCUUUUUGAUUUUUCAUUGUUUGCUUGUCUUUUUAUUAAAAAGUUGGCUAUCAUUUCCCACCCACUAGUAAGUGGUAAUUAGCAAAUCACCAAUGUUACAUAGCAGCUGAGAUCUUAGUAUUUGGGGCCAAUGACACCUAAUUUUCAAUGUUCCUGCCCUGAUCAAAUCAACUUUUUAAGUUUUCACCUUCUUUAUGCAUGUGCCACUUUGGAAAAUAUUGGUUACAUUACAUUUUGAGUUCUCGUCCCAUAUAUCUGCCCUUAUUGUGAUGGCAUAUGCCCAAGACAAACUUUUUUAUUGAGCCAGUUGAAUGGAAAAAUAAUACCUAUUUAAGAGAACUAGGAAGGAACAAAGACAUUGAAAAGAAACCUAAAAGAAAAAGUAUAGCCCCAAACAGGAGUCAUUCUUGAGAAAUAAUGAACAAAACAGAACUUUUUAUAAAGGAUAUCACUUACAGGAAAGUUUCCACUGAUCAAUUAUUGAGCCAAAGGAAAGAGCAAGAGAAAAGCCAAGAAAAGAAACAGAAAGUCCUAUGAAGAAGUAUGCGAAGAAGAACCUUAGUUGGAAAAAAAUAACAAUGAGCUUUGGACACUUUACUCAUUGUAAAUUUUUGAAACCCAUUUUGUAUAUAUACUGAUCUUACUGUAAUUCUCCUGAUUUCCCCAUUACAAAUCUUAUAUUUGUAUAUUCCCUACACUUAAUAAGGACAUGGCUGAUUGGAACUGGACUGGAACCUAAAGAUAAUCCAAUACAACUGCCUCAUAUUGCAGAGGAGGGCCAGAAAGCUAACUUGCCCAAGAUCACAUGGUCAUCCUGGAAUGGUGAACCAAAUGCUCCAAAUCUUCUCACUCCCAAACCAGUGCAUUUUUUACUACAUCUUGUAAUCAAUAAACUGAAAUACUGAAA